AUGAGCGCGUGGCUUUGUCGCGGAGUGAACAGAACACGGCGAAGCUUUGCAGCGAGGCAGCUGCUGAGAUUUCAUGCAUCUUCCACGACCCAGAUAGACUGGCCUAAGCCUGGUCGUGUGGGCAUGAUUGGCUUGGGUCAGCUCGGAACCGCCGUGGUGGGGAACUUGUUGCGUGCCGGACUGGCCCCAAUCGUUCACGAUGUUAAGGGCGAAGCCUUCGCCAAGCCUUUGUUGGAUGCGGGGGCGCAGUGGGCCGGCACCUGCAAGGCCGUGGCGGAGCAGUGCGACGUGAUCCUCACGGGACUACCGAGACCGGAGCAUGUCUCAGCAGCAAUGGGGAUCGACGGAGACCGAGUCAAAGAUGAUGGUAUUCUUGCGGGACUGAAGCCUGGCGCUGUCUGGAUCGAGCACUCCACGACGGACUUCGAGAACACGGUGAAGAUACGCGCAGAGGUGGAGAAGCGCGGGGCCAAGGCUGUGGCAGCACCUGUCACUGGUGGAAUGCAGAUCUU